UCAGUAGCGGCUGCUCGCCGGCCAGGAGCUCAAGGCCGAGAGCCGCAGCCAAAGCCUCUUGGGCGCAGUGUACCCCGGCACCAAGUCCGCUCGAGGCCCCAGGAUUAGCCCGAGGACACGUCCUUAGAGUAGCCACCGCCCAGUCGCCCUCACCUGGAUUACCUACGGAGGCAUCAGCAGAGAAGAUAGCGAGAGGGCGACGUGGGAGCAGCUUCCCGGGAGCACCAGCUUUGCAGCUUUGCACCCGGCUGGCUCGAGGACGUGUGGGAAAGCGGCAUCCAAAACCAGCAAAUCCAGGGCCUGCUGGUGGAGAAAGCGACACCCCCGGGGAUGCCGGCUGCGUCCCGGAGCGCCUCUCGCUGGGCGCUGCUACUGCUGGCGGUACUUUGGCUGCAGCGCGCGGCGGGCUCCGGCAUCUUCCAGUUGCAGCUGCAGGAGUUCGCCAACGAGCGUGGUGUAAUGGCCAGUGGGCAGCCGUGCGAGCCCCGCUGCCGGACUUUCUUCCGCGUCUGCCUUAUGCACUUCCAGACAGUUGUCUCGCCCGGGCCCUGCACCUUCGGCAGCGUCUCUACGCCGGUAUUGGGCACCAACUCCUUUGCCGUCAGGGACGACAGUAGUGGUGGUGGUCGCAACCCUCUCCAACUGCCCUUCAAUUUCACCUGGCCGGGUACCUUUUCACUCAUCAUCGAAGCUUGGCACGCGCCAGGAGACGACCUGCGGCCAGAGGCCUUGCCACCAGAUGCACUCAUCAGCAAGAUCACCAUCCAGCGCUCCCUUGCCGUGGGUCAGAAUUGGUUAGGGGAAGAGCAAAACAGCUCCCUCACGAGGCUGCGCUACUCUUACCGGGUCAUCUGCAGUGACAACUACUAUGGAGACAGCUGUUCUCGUCUGUGCAAGAAGCGAAAUGACCACUUCGGCCACUACGUGUGCCAACCAGAUGGCAGCCUGUCCUGCCUGCCUGGUUGGACUGGGGAAUACUGCGAUCAGCCUAUCUGUCUUUCUGGCUGUCAUGAACAGAAUGGCUACUGCAGCAAGCCAGCAGAGUGCCUCUGCCGCCCGGGUUGGCAGGGCCCCCUGUGCAAUGAAUGUACCCCUCACAAUGGCUGUCGCCAUGGCACCUGCAGCAUCCCUUGGCAGUGUACCUGUGACGAGGGCUGGGGUGGCCUGUUCUGUGACCAAGAUCUCAACUACUGCACACACCACUCCCCAUGCAAGAAUGGAGCAACGUGCUCCAACAGCGGGCAGCGGAGCUACACCUGCACCUGUCGCCCAGGCUACACUGGCGUGGACUGUGAGCUAGAACUCAGCGAGUGUGACAGUAACCCCUGUCGCAAUGGAGGGAGCUGUAAGGACCAGGAGAAUGGCUACCACUGCCUGUGUCCCCCCAGCUACUAUGGCCAGCACUGUGAACACAGUACUUUGACCUGUGCUGACUCACCCUGCUUCAAUGGGGGAUCUUGCCGGGAGCGCAACCAAGGGGCCAGUUAUGCCUGUGAAUGCCCCCCUAACUUCACUGGCUCCAACUGUGAGAAAAAAGUGGACAGGUGCACCAGCAACCCAUGUGCCAAUGGGGGCCAGUGCUUGAACAGAGGUCCAAGCCGCACCUGCCGCUGCCGACCAGGAUUCACAGGCACCCACUGUGAACUCCACAUCAGCGACUGUGCCCGCAGCCCCUGUGCUCAUGGGGGCACUUGCCAUGAUUUGGAGAAUGGGCCCGUGUGCACCUGCCCUGCUGGCUUUUCUGGCAGGCGCUGCGAGGUGCGAAUAACUAAUGAUGCCUGUGCCUCCAGGCCCUGCUUCAACGGUGCCACCUGCUACACUGGCCUCUCCCCGGACAACUUCGUCUGCAACUGCCCUUACGGCUUUGUGGGCAGCCGUUGCGAGUUCCCCGUGGGCUUGCCACCCAGUUUUCCCUGGGUUGCUGUCUCCCUGGGUGUGGGGCUGGUGGUGGUGCUGGUGUUGCUGGGCAUGGUGGCAGUGGCUGUGCGGCAGCUGCGACUUCGCCGGCCAGAUGAUGGCAGCAGGGAGGCCAUGAACAACUUGUCGGACUUCCAGAAGGACAACCUAAUCCCUGCUUCCCAGCUCAAGAACACUAACCAGAAGAAGGAGCUGGAAGUGGACUGUGGCCUGGACAAGUCUAACUGUGGGAAACAGCAGAACCACACAUUGGACUAUAAUCUGGCCCCAGGACCCCUGGGGCGGGGGACCGUGCCUGGGAAGCAUCCUCACAGUGACAAGAGCUUGGGAGAGAAGGUGCCACUGCGGUUACACAGUGAAAAGCCAGAGUGUCGAAUAUCAGCGAUAUGCUCCCCCAGGGACUCCAUGUACCAGUCAGUGUGUUUGAUAUCAGAAGAGAGGAAUGAAUGUGUCAUUGCCACAGAGGUAUAAGGCACAAGCCUACCCAGACACCCAGCUUUGGCCCAGCAGCUGGGCCUUCCUUCUGCAUUGUUUACAUUGCAUCCUGGAUGGGACGUCUUUAAUAUGCACCGUGCUGCUCUCAGGAGGAAGAGGAGGAGGGAAUGACAUGAAUUGGCCAGACUGUGAACCUGCCAAGAGAUGGACCAGCUCUUUGGGAGCCUGCUUGGCCUCAGGCAGGCAGCCCCACCAUUGAGGGAGCAGAGUUGAGGAGCUGUGGAAACGUCAGUUAAACUGAUAUCCAAGGUGCCACUUGGACUUGCUCUGCCAACCGUGGCCUUCAUGGGGCUCUUGACUGUUCUCCAGAGAGCGGCAGUGGCCCCAUUGGUCUUGGAGCUGCUGCAACCUCCAUGGGCAUCUGUGUUUCCAAAAGUGCCUUUGGUCCAGGCUCCAUCAUGACAGCUGGGCCCAGAUCAGAAAAGAGAGAGGAGGCUUGCAAUGGCGGGGCCUCUUGUAGGCAAGAAAGCCAUUGGGUGUGGCUUUUGGCAGGAGCUGCCCUGUAGGUGAGGUGAGCACCAGAGGGGAGGGCAGUAACUGUCAUUUCUGCCUCAGCAUAUGGGCCACUUAGCAUCUCCUUAGCCUAGACCUUCUGGGCAAGAGUUGGUAGACCAUCUAUCACUAGCCCUGGUUGCCUCUGGGUUGUGUGAACAGAUGGGCUCAGGGUCUGCCAUUUCUGCCUGCCAGGGGCACCAGCCCUAACUGGAGAGCUCAGGGCAGUUAUGAGUGAGGGAGAGAUAGAGUGCUGCUGUAGCCCAGGCCCCUUUCUCCCUCAAUCCCAUUCCUAUGCCCUUGAGCCUAGGCUCCACGUGUGCCCUCUACUGCCCCUAGACCACCCUUGAAGCCGAUCUUCAGAAAUCAAUAAUAUGAAAUGUUUUUUUUUGUAGUUUAUUUUGGGAUCUAGUAUUUCGAUAAUUUAAGAAUCAGAAGCACUGACCUUUCUACAUUUUAUAACGUUAUUUUGUAUAUAAUGUGUAUUUAUAAUAUGGAACAGAUGUGU